AUGGUACCAGGCCCUCCAUUCUGCCGAAUGCCCUUUCUGCACCCAUCAUCAGACAUUUCAGAUCUUUCACAGAUAGAAAAGCAGUUUGGGUCCUAUACUUCAAGCCCCACCACAUAUAUCAAAGAGUUUCUAUAUCUGAUCCAGUCAUAUGAUUUGAUCUUCCAUGAUGUCCGUAUGAGCUUGUCUAACACCCUCCUGCACAAGGAGUGCAGGAUGGUCAGCUUCAAGGGUGUAGCAGCAUCUGGAGAGCACUCCCAGUCCGCAGCUGCAGAAAAAAAUGAUGAAAGCUCUCUGCAAGAAAAAGAUAAAGGUGAGAAUUCUUUCCAAGGGAAUUCUGACAAGGAAAACGUACAUUAUGAAGAUGAUAAAAAUGAGCUUCCACCAUCAAACCUCCAGAAGGAUGAUGGAAACAACCAGAUGGUGGAUGUCCAUGAGGACCCUGAAGUAAGACAUGACUCCUCUACCUUCCAAGUCAACAAUGGGAAUAUAAAAUGGGAUAAGGAAUGCCAAGAUAAAAUUCCUUCAGAAAAAGAAAUGAAAAGGAGCACACAGGAUGAAGCUGUGGGGAGAAGGUUCAAGAUCACAAUUCCUUAUGGGAUGAAGUAUAAUAAGACUUGGCUAAUGAAUUCAAUCCUGAGCCAUUGCUGUGUCCCCUUUACACCAAUUGAUUUCCACUAUAUCAAAAAUCGGGCCCAAUUUUUUGUCCAGGAUGCUAGUACUGCCUCUGCAUUGAAAGAUGUCAACUGCAAAAUUUGUGAUGAGGAAAAUCAAAAGAUAUCGAUCUUUGUCAAUCCCUGUACUGAACCGAAUACCUUGCAGAAUAAAUUCACUCCAGAAAAAAUGGAGAAGCUAAUGCUGACGAUGAACAAACGAUAUGAUGUCUCACAGCAAGCCCUUGAUCUCCAGAAGCUCCGCUUUGACCCAGACUUGAUGGAACAUGACAUUGACAUGAUCCUAAACCGAAGACAGUGUAUGUUUGCUACCCUUCAGAUCAUUGAAAGGAAUUUCCCUGAGCUGUUGUCCUUGAACUUGUGUAACAACAAACUAUACUGGCUGGAUGGCCUGUCUGACAUUGUAGAGAAAGCCCCCCAAGUCAAGAUCCUGAACCUGUCCAAAAAUGAGCUGAGGACCUCCAAGGAGUUGGAGAAGCUGAAAGGGAUGGAGCUGGAAGAGCUGUGGCUAGAAGGGAACCCUCUGUGCAGUGACUUCCCAGAGCAGUCUGCUUAUGUAAGUGCUAUCCAGGAUUGUUUCCCCAAUUUGUUACGCCUGGAUGGCCAGGAGUUACCAGAAUCAAUUGGAAUUGACAAUGAAACACCUGAAAUAAUAAAACCUUGUAAGGAAAGCUAUAAAGGAUGUGAUAAUCUGAAGAGUCUAGUAUUGCAAUUCCUGCUUCAGUAUUACCUCAUUUAUGACUAUGGAGAUCGACGCGGUCUCCUUGAUGCUUACCAUGAUGAGGCCUGCUUCUCCCUGACCAUUCCCUUCAACCCUGAGGACCCAGACCCGAAUAGCUUGGAAGAGUAUUUCAAGGAUAAUAGAAAUAUAAAGAAACACAAGGACCCUUUUUUGCGGAUGCAGCUGCUAAAGCACACAAAAUGUGACAUUGUGAACUGCCUCAGUGUAUUGCCGAAAACUCAGCAUGAUUUUAACUCGUAUGUGAUAGACCUAUGUGUCCAGACAGAAAUGAUGCUCUGUUUUUCUGUCAAUGGAUUGUUCAAGGAAGUGGAAGGAAAGUCUCAGGGUUCUGUUCGUGCCUUCACCCGGACCUUCAUCUUAACUUCUGGCAGCAAUUCCAGUCUGUGCAUCGUGAAUGAUGAGAUGAUUGUGAGGAAUGCCAGCCCCAAAGAGACCCAGAGCGCCUUCUCCAUCCCCAUGCUUACACCCUCCUCCAACUAUGUGCCUGACCUCUACCAGGAGCAGCAGGGAAUAGCACAGCCUUUCUCCACCAAGUAUGAGAUGCAGAGCCUUGAGCGCUCUCAGAAGUGCCUUGAAGACAAGAGGGAGAUAACCAGAGUUGGUCAGGUCUUCACUGUGUUCCAGGUCAAGAAUCCACAGGAGGCCUCAAACAGAUGCCCUGAAAGGAGCCCUUGA